AUGUCCUCCUUCGUUCUCAGAAGGCCCUUUGCGGUCUCCUCGAACGCCUUCCGACAAUUCCGCAAACCAUCGAGCAUCAUCCGGACGUUCCACUCUUCCGGCUCGAAAUCGUCAAAUGCUUUCUUCAACCCACGACCGUCAACGACCAACGCCCAGUCUCUGUUCAAGUCCGCCGCCCUUCGAAAUGCCUUCAAACGCGGCUACCAGACACCUUCCUACCAACCCGUCAACCCGGCAGCGAGCGGAAACCUGACGCAACGACUUCUCUAUGGCGCGGCAUUGCUGGGCGGUACCAUUGUUGCCACCAACCUGAUUUUCAACCGGGAAACGCGUGAGGAUGGUGGUAUGCCUCCCUUCGAGCGGGAAUACUUGAACCAGACAUUUAUGCACACUGGCUUGGGCGUCGGUAUUAUUGCGCUUGCGGCCAAGACACUGCACUCCAACGGAUGGAGCUAUCGGCUUAUGGCAACGAACCCAUGGUUGGUCAUUGGUGUGUCUUUGGCGGCAAGCAUUGGCACGAUGUACGGCACGUUUUACACCAAUCCUGACAACUACGUUCAAAAAUACGCCCUCUGGACUUUGUUCAAUGUCAGCCAAGCAGCCAUCCUGUCGCCUCUGUUUUUCAUGUCGCCGGCCAUUCUGGCUCGCGCUGGUCUGUACACCGUCGGCAUGAUGGGCAGCAUUGCGUUCGUUGGUGCCACUGCCAAGCAGGAGAAAUAUUUGUACCUUGGUGGUCCUCUACUGGCCGGUGUGGCCAUCGUGGCUAUUUCCGGCUUCGCUCCUCUCGUUCUUCCCGCCACCGCUGUCCGAACCUUGGCUUGGUCAGAGAACAUUUGGCUGUACGGUGGUCUGGCCGUGUUCGGUGGCUUCACUCUCUAUGAUAUUCAGAAGAUCUUACACCAUGCUCGUAUGAGUGAGCGUGGCUUGGUCAGAAAGGACGUUGUGAACGAGAGCAUCAGCUUGGAACUGGAUUUCCUCAACAUUUUCAUCCGGAUGGUGCAGAUUUUGUCCAUGAGACAGCAGAACAGGAGAUAA